AUGUCUGAUUACAUAUUUGAUGAUGAUGCACACGAUGCGCACUCUUUAGAUUAUGAAGAAUCACUUAGAGAUGAAGAAUUGCAUAUAGAUAAUGAAUCUCCUAGAGAUGAGAAACUAUCUCAAGAUAAAGAAUUACUCAAAAAAGGAAAACCAAAAAAAAAAAAUAUAACAGUCAAAUAUGCACAUGAUUCAUCAACAGGAAAUAUGCUUGGUUAUCUUUGGUCCAAGCACCGAAUAGAUAAAGAAUAUUCUAAUGAAGCAAAUACUA